GGGAAAUCGUUGUCACCGACUACACUGUAAACAUCGAUGGCGACUGACAGGUGCUUGUUGUAGGAGUUAAUAAUCCUUUACUGCAGUCAUUCACACCACUUAGUUGUUUUAUCCACAGAACAUAUCUGUGAAUAGCUCUGUUCAAUGGAUGCCCCAAGAAAGAAACGGAAAGGAAAAGUUGCACCCACAGGGGAAGAAAACAGCUCAUUUGAGCUAGAUAUGAGAUCAGAUGUUCAAAAUAAUAGUAAACUCAUCAACACACUGAAAGAAAAGGUGAAGGAUGCUACAACCAAACACAAUGCACUGUCUGCCAUUGUUGGGGCCAAAGGAUUGGCCUCCAAGUGGAAAAGUUAUGCAGCAACCAAGCGAGUCAUUGCUACAAAAAUUCAUUUGGUUGGAGAGGAGACCUCAUAUAUAGGCACUCAGAAUGAGGAGGAGAAGGCAGCUAUAAAAGGGAAAGGUAUAGAUCAAAUGGAAGAUCUAGAGGCCUAUAAACCAUUUGGCAUGCGUCAGGACACGAAAAAGAAGCUUCGAUCGGCCAACGACAAAACUUUGAUUGACUAUUUUUAUCAACUGGGUCAGUCUCGGGACCCGAAUGCCAAAGUGGAUUUGGACUUUGUGGACUCACUCAUAAAAAAUGGUGCCAACAUAAACUGUAAUGACAAACAUGGACAAACAUUGCUUCAUGAGGUUUGUCGUACGUGGCACAUCGAUGUGGCCAAAUUCCUCUUGGAAUUGGGAGCCAAUGUGAAUCAGGCAGACAAGUAUGGGCGCACUCCACUUCAUGUGGCUGCAGCAGUAGACUACCCAGAAAUGGUGGAAAUCCUCAUCAAAAACGGAGCUGACAGAGAAUCCCUCAGUAAUGAGAAACAGACACCUGUUCACUAUGCAGCCAAAAAUGAUGCUUGUAAUUCCUUGAAAAUGUUGAUAAAAAUGAAAUGUAAAUACGACAAUGUUUUGGACUACAAAGGAAGGACCCCUCUGUUUGUGGCAGCAGAGCUGGAUCGUAGUGAAACUGCCAGUCUCUUGCUCGAUUAUAAAGCUAAUGUCAGAAUAUCAGAUAACAGUGGAAUGAAGCCUUUGAGUUGGAUGAUCACCAAGAUGCCCCCUGUGGCUCUGGAUGCUUUGAGACAGUUUCACUCCACAGAUCGCCCCAACAGAAAACAGUACUUUUUUCUUAGGGACCUUGUUACUGACACAAAAAAAGACCCAAAGGGAAAUAGUUUAACCCCACUUCAAUGUGCCACCCACUACAAGCAAUAUGACCUUCUGUCCCACAAAGUCAUGCUGGCACUUAUUACCCAGAUGUGGACCAAAUUUGGCAGGAUCCGAGCCUGGUUUAAUCUCUUUCUGAACUUUGCGUACAUCAUGAUAUGGACUGUGUAUGGCCUGGUGAUUGAAUAUGAUGUCAGACACAAAUACGAUCUCCCUGAUCAAUGGUGGAGAAUUCUACUUCUUGUCAUUGCCAUCGGGUUUACAGUGUAUCAAAUUGUAGAAGAAGUAUUGGAAUACAAACGUUCCUUACAGUUCCAUAAUAAUUGGGUUGGAUACAGAAGAGAAAUGAUAGAGGAAGACCUGAAAUACUGCCAUCCUCGCUGGACCGAGGAGAGCGAUUACCUGCACAAGGAAUUGUCAAGUCUGGACGAUUCUCGACCCCGCUACUGGUCAGAUUUCUGGAACAUUUUCGACUGGAUUUGCUAUGUUUUCCUGGUAGCCAGUAUCACCACACAUUUAGUUGACAUUUUCAAGCACUCGGAAACUUUGGCGAGAGCCCAUAUCAGAAUCAUGUCUGUGACAAUUAUCCUGCUGUGGCUUCGUCUGAUGAAAGUGGCGAGAGCAUUUGCUCUCCUAGGACCAUUCAUUGUGAUGCUGUCUCAUAUGGUGAAAGACUUGCUCAGAUUUGCUUUUCUGUAUUUGGAAUUUUAUCUUCCAUUUGUGUGUGCUUUUUGGAUGAUCUUUGGAGGAAGCAAGAAAGCUUAUUAUAGUAAUACUCCUGACCCUGUGUAUGUCACUGUGAAUGACACUGUGAAUGGCACAGUGAAUGGCACUGUGAAUGUCACUGUGAAUGGUGAGGUUAAGAUUGACAUUGUGCAUGUCGAUGGGUACGGAGAUUUUGGGGAUGUUUUCUACAGUCUGUUCCGGCUGACGCUGGUGGACGAAUAUGACUUUGAAAACAUGUUGAAAGUAGAUCCUAUCAUGGCGAAGAUCUUGGUUGGACUUUGGCUAGCCCUGUCUGCUGUCCUUUGUCUCAAUCUCUUCAUUGCCUUGCUGUCUGAUACAUUCCAGAGAGUCUACGAUAAUGCCCAGGCUAACGCUGUCAUGCAGAAGGCACUCAUGACUCUCAGCAUCUGGGAGAGCAUGACGAGUUCUCGACGAAACGCUUUCUAUCACUACAUGGAAACUUCCUGCAAUCCCUUCAAGGAAUAUUAUGAUGACGACAUGACCGAAGAGGGAGAGGAGGACAUGAAGAAGGUCACCAUACAGAUCAAGGAAGAUCUUGAUGACUUGAGAGAUGCUUUUGAUACAAAGUUCGGGAAAAGAAAAGAGCUGAAAAAUGGAGACGAGCCAGGAGACUUGGAGGAAGAUGAGGAGGAUUUGAACAACAAAUCUAGAAUGGUUGAUAUUGAGCGAUUUGAGAAUGAGAUUGGUAUUCUUCGAGACAGUAUCACAGAGCUUCGAGUUCGCCAAGAUGAUAUGAUGGAGAAUCUACAAACAGGAAUCAAUAACAUUACCAACCUUAUGAAUGAGAUGAUGGGGCGGCCUGCUGGAUCUAGUGAGGUUGACUUUGAAUUGGAAUCUCCACGAAGGUCGUCUUCAAGAAGCGGUCGUCCUAAGAAAUCCAAAAGGAAGAAGACUUCAGACAAACAGCCGAUUGUCCACGAAGAUGACGCUGCUCUCCUAGAUCCAGGAACUCUAUCUCCCCCAGCAUAUCCACUACAGCAGACCCAAACCCCACCCACUGUGGAUGUCUCCAUGGCAGAUUUCCCAGCCCUGGAGUUCACACAAACAUCCCAACCAUCAAUUAGUCCGAGAAGGCCACAGGAUGGGCAUGAUGCAGAUUGCUGAACUAAUGGUCAAAGAAUCUUCUAAACAGAAUAGUGAGAAGUGCAAAUCACCUGUGAUAUUAUUGUUAUUGCAAAAUUGAAAUGACAAUGCCAAGACAUUGUAACUUGUGGCCAAAUAAGUUAUAUUACAAUCAGAUUUAUUUUAUUUUAUUUUUUGUAGCACCUUUUUUGUUUAACCCUCAAAUUUUAAAAGAUUUAACCUUCAAAUUUUGUAAAUUUUAAUAUCUAGAAAAUAUUUUAUUUUUGGUAUUUUAUUUGUAAUUUAAGGCCAUCAAUUUAUUUAGAAAAAGAGAAAUAUUAACAUUUUUAAUGCAAUGUGUUUUUGUAUCAUUUUAUAAAACAUAAUUAUUUAUUUGAAUGUUUUACAUAUUGUCCGUCCAAUGGUGUUUAAAAUAUUCACACAUUUUUAUCACAUGAAUCUACAUGAAAUGUACUUUGUUUAGUUUUCUCUACUGAUUUCGAUUCUAAAUUGUUUUACAGGGAUUUUUUGUUGUAACAUUAUUGUUUAGUUAUAUUGUAUAUUUACUGCAUGUACAUUUACUGCUCAGCCUCAACUAUAAUGUACAUUGGUAAUUUAGCAGCUUUUAUAUGAAUAUGUGACUAUUAGGUGCUAGAGUUCUUUCUUAUUCUCUAUUUGUACUGUGAUAAUAUUCCAUAGUCAGCCACUUGGUCAUUGACUACGAUAUUUUGGUUUUAUAGACAAUGCGUAUUAUAUGCCAAUGCAACUUUACUGAAAUAUUGCUUUGUUUGCAUUAGAUUUACCUUAGAUUUCAAAUAAAAGCACUUCAGAUUUUGUAUCCUUUUCAUGCACAAGGAUUGUCAUUUUAAAAAGAUAUGUUGCAUUUACUUUUAAUACAUUUCUAAGUUAUAAUUUUAUCUUUGAAAAUGUGAUACUUCCAUUAUGAUACUUGCAGUUUGAUUUUAAAAGAUAUGUGUUUUUUAUAUCAAUUAACUUAAUGAUUUAUUUCAUGAAUAAGGAAAAAAAACUGAUACAGUGUAUUUAUUUUGAAGUGAUUUGGAUAUCUUAUGUAUAUUUUUGGUAAAUAUUUUCUUAUCGGAGAAGAAAUAAACAGCAUUUUUAUCUAUGUGAUAACAAAUAUUUACUUGACAUGUAGUUUUGAUUUCUGUAAUUGAUUUUAACAAUCUUACUGGUUAGUAAAUCCAUCAGAAUAAAACUAUUCCUAUCAAUGUCUGAUUUGUGU